AUCUCGUUGUUCGAUCACGAUUUCUCAUCGUAUGACGCACACAUCAUUUUUACCACUUUUCCCUGCUUUAUCCAUAUAUCAAGGAAUCUGCGAAUUUUGAAAGAAAAGAAAAAUAUUUCUCGAUGUUCUCCAACAACGAUGCAGUGGCUCUUGUUACUUUGCUAUGCGACUAUCGCGAGUUCGCUUAGACUCGCUGCGUAUAUAUCUUCCGGUGGCCUUCACGGAGAAAUUCGUUUCGAAAGAGCCACAGAAUCCUCAGUAAGGAUACGAUAUUCUUUAAAAGCGACCUUGCAAUAUCCUGAUCAGCAAUGGUUGUGGUCAGUUACUCAAUUUCCAGUCGAUUACACGAUCAUCAAUGGCAGAUGUGACAAACGACAUAUAGGCGAAAGCAUCAUCGAUUUGACAGAAAAAGUUGGACCUCUCGAAUUGCCAACAAAUCAAACAGGCUCGAUAGAAGUCGCGAAUUUGUCUUUAACUGGAGAAGUGGGUUUAUGGGGAAAGGGUUUGGUGCUGAAAGAUAAUUACUCGCCGAGAACGAUAUGUGCUUCGAUUACGGUUCUUGAAAAGAAUACUGAAAAAUUUGCUCAAGCACGUUUUUAUGGUCCAGUAGCCGGAACAGUUUUGUUUCGAUGGUUGGGUGGUCAGGUAGGCGAUAACGAGCCUACCGAUACCAUUAUCCAUACAAAUUUGCAUCAUAUCCAUAAACAAAAAUUGCAGUCGCUCAAUUACACCGAACAUUAUUGGAAGAUAUAUGUUACGGAUAUCUUUGAAACUAGCAAAGAUAAAGACAACUGUAACAUACUUCAAAACGUAUUUGAUCCUAAUACAUCUGGUGUUGGAAAAUCUAUCGGUGAUGUCGAUGUACGUUUAGGCAAAAUAAAAGUUGCUAUCAAUACACAGGAACAAUAUAAAACAUUCUACAGAGAUCCAGAAUUGUCUUUAUUACCAACGGAUUUACUUGGACCACAUCGUCAUUUAUAUCUAGUCAUUUUUCAUCCUGAGCAUGAGGAUUCGUUUUUAGCCUGUGCUAAAAUUAAUCAUCGUAAGCCAAUACAUACAAAGGCUGUAAUCAAUUCGCAUGGAAUCAAAGGAGAAAUUACAGCGAUUCAAGAAACGCCGUUUGAUCCAACAUGGAUCAAUAUCUCUUUAACAACUAUAAAUGAUCUGGAAACUAGAUUGCGAUACGCCACUAAAUUGGCGUCUUAUAGAAUCCAUGAAUUACCUCCGGAACCGGCGAAAAGUGUGGGAAUUAGUGUUGAUUCGUGUUUAACUACUAAAAACCUGUUCAAUCCUUUGAAUAUCGUUGAGAAGAUUACCCCACCGGCAGGUCUCGGUACUCAGGAUCAAUAUGCUGUCGGUGAUCUUUCUGGAAAACUUCAAGAUCGUAAGGAAGGAUCUUAUCAUAAUGAUAUUUUACCUGGAAGCGCUAAACUGAGUGGAAUUUAUUGGGACACGUAUUUGCCACUUUCCGGAAUCUACAGUAUUGUUCACAGAUCUUUAGUUCUUUACAAAUACAAUGAAACCGAUAAUAAAGGCGUAAUUCCAUGGGUGUGUGGCACAUUUGCACUUUACACACCACAUACCGAUUGGCAAAUGUCGAUGUACACAGCAGAAGCAGUAUUCAGGUAUCCCAUUGUUGGACGGAUACUCUUCCGACAACCCAGAGAUGAUCCCGAAAUGGAUACUACUGUAAUAAUAGAAUAUCUCGUUCAUGCAGACGGCAAUGCAGUAAAUAAUACUGCGGGUCAUAGAUGGAUGGUACACGACAAUCCACCGGGGAAAGAUUUUUACAAUUGGACAGGUCGAUGUCUGAGCGCUGGAUCGCCUUAUAAUCCACACAAGGUGGAAUGGAAACCAGAUAGUUCUUGCUUCAUUGAAGAAGUCUCAUUGUGUCGCUUGGGUGAUUUAACAAGACAUGGGACACUCGAAAUCGCCGGUAGAAAGGCCAAUGCUUCAGAACUGACUCGAAAACUCUUCACCGACACGAUGCUACCUUUAUCUGGAUCCCACGCAUUGUUUGGCAAAAGUUUAGUCAUCUAUGAUGAUCAUGGUCCAGUCGCAAGAGGAGAUCGAUUGGCUUGUUCCAUUAUUAGCGGAGUUUAUCGACGUAAAGCGGUCACCAGAGAUUGGUUUGGUAAUGGCGAACAGAUAUCUUUAAGGGGAAAAUUAGAAUUAUUGCAACAGACCGAAUACGAUAUCACGAAUGUAGAAGUAUCUCUCGAAGGUCUCGGUGGACAUAUGAGCGGAUAUCACAUACACAUGACACCUGUAGAAUACGAUUUAGAAUUUCCAUGCGAGGGAACAUCGCUCUACGGACACUGGAAUCCAUUGGGUGUCGAUACGAGUAAUGUACCAGCAACGGAGGUAGGUACGUUGGAUCAGUAUGAGAUGGGUGAUUUAAGCGGGAAAUCUGGCACCCUAGAUAACAAAAAGAGAUAUGUAAUAACAUAUAAUGAUACGAUGCUGCCACUGUUUGGCCUGAGAAGUAUACUGGGACGUAGUGUAGUGAUUCACAAGAGAGAAAAGAAUUUAAGAUGGGCAUGUUCCACCAUAGAAAGAGGAUAUUCUCCAACCGAUGCUAGUGAAUUGCGUGCUAUCGCGUCGUUUCAUCAUCCGCAAGGCUUUGUAUAUGGUUACAUAAAAAUGACGCAACUUGUGUAUAAAGAUGGUAGCAAAAGUGAAACGGUGAUCGAAGUGAAUUUACGACAUCCCGGAAAACAUGAUCGCAAUAUUACUAGAAAUCACAAUUGGGCGAUAUACGUAAAUCCUGUGGGUGUAGAUGCUGCAGUGAAGGUGAAAGAUACCCGAUGCGUAGCAGGUGGAUACGUAUGGAAUCCCUAUUUCACGCAAUUAGCCGAUCCACUGAAUGAUGAUCUUUAUAGACAGGAAUGCGGUCCAGAUCUACCGCUUAGGUGUUAUGUCGGUGAUAUCUCGUCUCGUCUAGGCUCCAUUAACAUUGGAGAAAAACGACAAGUAUUUACAGACCAAAAUUUUCCUCUCGGUGGCCCGGUAUCCGCGAUAGGCAGAUCUAUUGUUAUUUUUGACAAAGAUUUUGCCAGCAAUAGAUUUGCCUGUGCAAAUAUUGAACCGGAUAACGACAUCGUAAAAUACGCGAAUAUUAGGAAACCACCGCGAUUUGUAGUAGCGCAAUUUCUGGAAGAUGUGAGAAAAGUGAUGGGAAUUCCUGAGUGGAUGUUAUCUAUCGACAGUAGAAUGACCAAAAUAUUACAUAACGGCGCGUGCAUUCAAUUUCUUUUGCAUUUUAAAGGUCCAAUUGCCAAUAAACUGGAGAAAGACUUUAGCAAGCUAAUAUCCACCGGUAAACUCGAAGCUCCUAGUUUAGACAUUCCUGGAUACAUACCAGCAAAGAGGAAAAGCACAUUAGGACAUCGGCAAUGUGGCGUACGCGAUCCAAAUGAUAAAAAUAGGCGUUGUACCCGGGUACCCGGGGCACCCCUGCUCGGACAACCUCCGGCUCCUGGUGGGGGAGAUCCACAAAAGUUACUUAGACAAGUUCAGCUCUAUGAUUCGGACAGUUGGUUCGUCGCGGAUAAGGAAAAGAAGAAGAAGACCAAGAAGAAGGAGGAGGCGGCUCCCGCACCCGAGCCUGAGCCUGCACCAGUGGAAGAGAAGGCGCCAACCCCUGCGGCAACACCAAAGGACUCCGGCUCUGCAAGAGCGAGCAGCCGCGGCAGUCGCAAGGCUAAACGCAGCGGCUCCAGCGUCUUCUCCAUGUUCUCUCAGAAACAGGUGGCAGAGUUUAAGGAGGCAUUCGCGCUAAUGGACGCAGAUAAGGAUGGUAUCAUCGGCAAGAACGAUCUUCGUGCAGCCUUCGACUCUGUUGGCCGACUCGCGACCGAUAAAGAGCUCGAGGAGAUGCUCAACGAAGCUUCCGCGCCCAUCAACUUUACUCAAUUGUUGAACUUGUUCGCUGUCCGUAUGGCAGGAUCAGGUGGUACCGAUGAUGAUGAUGUGGUAAUCAAUGCCUUCAAGACGUUCGACGAUAAUGGCAAAAUUGAUGGCGAAAGGUUAAGGCAUGCCUUAAUAACGUGGGGCGAGAAAUUCACGCCCAAAGAGGUGGAUGACGCGUUUGAUCAGAUGUAUAUCGACGACAAAGGUUUCAUCGAUACCGCGAGUUUAAUCGCCAUGUUAACCGGCACAGGCGAGGAAGAGGAAGAAGGAUAAGAUCUACUGGAGUUAUGUCGUCGAGACGGAAACGUUCCUCGAUUUAUGAAGCCUCGUAUUAACGUCAGAUUCGCACAAUUCUCCUUAAAAGGGAGCAGAUAUUUUAUAUUUGAAAUCCCUUUAUCUCUUUUCCUUUUUCUUUUUUGGUGUCUAUAAUUUAUAAUUUAUGCAAAAGAAGUAUGACGAGGACGAAACAAAAUACCGAAUUGUUCGGUCUAAACGGACCAAAGAGCAUCUAUCUCUUUCUCUUUCAGUAUCUCUCUUUAAAUCACUUCGUCCUGCAUCCUUUUCUUUUCAUCUCUCUAAUUUUUCUUGCUCUCUCUCUAGCAUUUAUUUUCUCCUCUAACUUUUUUUGAUUCUGCUUCUCUUUCUUUCUCUCUUCUAAUUAUCUGUCUAUAUCUCUCUCUUCCGAUCUAUCUCUCUUUGUUAUUUUUUUCUAUUCUUCUUUCGAUCUCUUCUUUUCUUUCUCUCUUUAAUCUUUCUCUCCUUGGUCUGAUGAAUGCUGUUAAUUCUGAAGGAAACAACAAAUCUGAGAAAUGCAGUCAAUUUUGACACAUUUCUUCCGGGUAAAGCAUGUCUGUCGAUAAACGAAGUUUCAUCAUGCCAUUGUUUAAUCGUUCAUAUAAUAAAAAAAUAUAUAAAUAUUUUAUGAAACUCUCUCUAAUUUCGAUCUGCUAUUCUGUCGACAGAAUUGGCUUGGAGAGACUCUCAGAGACAAUUCGCAAGACAAAAAUUUCGUGUUGAUUCACUUAAAUAUAGAAAUAUACAUUGUCAUAUAAUCGCUGCUCCCCAUUUUUUUUUUAAAUAGCUAUACCUGAGAUGUUACAUGUCUACAUAUGAAAUAAUAUCAGAAAAAAUACAUUGAAUGUAUUAUUUAUGUAACACGGUAUAUAAUAAAGGAAUCAUUGGUGGCGAGAGAA